UAAUUGUUAUUAAAAAUACUAUAUCAUUUAUUUAUUUUUUAAUAAAAAUCUAAUAAUUAUACGAGCUGCAAAAUUAAAAAAAGUAUAUUAACUAUCAUCAAUGUGACAAUGGCUUAUUAAACUAUAUAGUGCACUUAUACAAAAAUCAAAUGGCCAACAUAUCUUAAAAUCUUACAUGUAUGUUAUCUUUUAAUUCCUUGGAAGGUUGUUUGUUAAAAACACAAACGAGUACAAAGACGGCGGUUUCAACAAACCCCGUAUCUAAGCUGGCGGACGACAAGAAAAUUCUCGGAAUCUAAAGCCACACAUAGGAGACAAGUUAAAAACAACAACCUAAUGAUGAAUCUAAACCGGAAAGUUAAGCAAAAGGAUCAAACCAAUAAGAGACGUUACAAGGAAUUAACCACAAACGAAGGUUAUGCACGAUUGUAACCGAGCUUCUCACUUCAUCCUUGCCACAGCAUGUCAUUGAGCUGUCGAAGCCAUGAGUUCCUUCCGGAGCAACCAAAACCCGCUUUACUAGAAAAGCCGUAGACAUUAUUAGGCCAAUCAAACGGAAAAUGGUGAUAGAAUUUAUGCAAAGCCACUGAAAGGAAGAUCCCGAAGCUAAAUGGGAAAGAAGUCGCAAUCAAAUCCUUCAACACCAAACCCGAACCGGUUAAGCAUAACAGAAGAUAUUGGUUGGGGAUUUGCAAGCAAAUAACCUAGAGGCACCACCGAUUGAGGUCAAAGACCUCUAGAGCGUCGGCUUACAUGUAUAUUAUCUAAAAUCACUAAACAUCAUAAACCUAAAAUUUGUGAAAAGAUAAUAUUUCUUUAUGACAUUUCAAAAUCUAGUUAAGCUUAAAACAUAAGUAAACAAAGAACCUGGGAAGUCUUUGGAUAUCAUUACAUGUUUUUUAAGUGGACUAUUUGUGCAACUCAAAGUCGUCUAAAAUAUAUUUUACGUUAUCAUCUCCUUUGAUGUUGCGCAUCAGUGCUUGCUGAUGCUAAUCUUCAGGACUGGAUUAUCUAGAGGGGGCGUUUUUUUACCAUAUGAAAUGAAACUUUCCAAUUAUCAUUGCUAGCAUCAUAUGAUAUCUCUUUUCUUUAUUUUGUCUUUUAACUACCUAAAAUUAUAAGACUUCUUUUAAAUUUAUUUUCGUGUUCAUUUGAGUGAGUAUUCAGUCUUUUGCUAAUUUCCAACAGCUUCAAAUACUACAGACAAAAAUCAGUGGAUAUCUUUUUCUUUAUCAAUUUUAGUAAUUGUAUAUAUAUUUUAAGUUGCAAUAUUUCUUGACGAAUGAUACUUUCUGACGUGGAUUCCAUCUCGAGCGUAAGAAAAGGUCCAAGAAAAAUAACUUUUCUGUUCUUUUUUCUUUGGUAUACGAAGAAUAACAUUUUUAUUGCUUUUUGAUGUUACUCGUUAUUUAAACUACUGACUACAUAACAAAAUUACGAGAAUUUAACCAAAAUAUAACAUAUUUACGGUAGUCGACCACUUGUAGAAGGAGUAACCAAAGAGGCAAAACAAAUAACAAUAUUAAAACAAAGCAAAAGCAAAUACUGAUCUCCAAUCCAUGUAAAAACUUUCUCUGAAUUUAAAGUAUGCACGGUUUUAUAUGUUUAUAACAAAUUAUCUGUAGUUACUUAUUGUGGUCAGUCGUUAACUAUGAUUCACUUUCGGAUCGUAGGAUGGGUGUAACGCCUCGAUUGUUCAUGGUUCUUCCAUGCUUAUUCACUUGAAAUGAAGAUUCUGUCUCGUGCGAUUUCAGUGUGUUAAUAUUUGGAGACUCUAAGUGUCCGAAUGGAGGAGCGGGGGACAAGUGCAGUUCUCCUGCACAUGCAGUUCUCCCGCACUGCAUUCACCAUUCAUUUUUUUCUGUUUGUAAAAGCAGUUCAAGCGGGAGAUCUGCGUUUAAUAUUUUUUUAUCUUUUUGUGGAAAAAGCAGGAGAUCUACAUGCAGAUCUUACCUGUCAACAUUUGGUGGUGUUGAUCUGCUUUUUUUUUGUCAAUAAAUAACUUUGUUACAACACAUAACUUUAAAAAUAUAUUUAUUUAGUUUUAUGAAUACAAUAUUUUUAUUUUAUUUUAUUUACAACUUUAACAAUACAAAAUUAUCAUUCUCUAUUUAUUAUUUUUGUCAUAUAAUUUUUAAUUUUUAUAAAUAAGAAAAUAAAAGAAGUAUAAGUAUCUUAUAAAACAUUUACAUGGAUUUCGGUCGAUCCUAUAACAUCUAAGAUAUUUGUUUAGAUAUCUAAGUGUCAUUUUUAUUGUUUUAAUAUAUGAUAUAUAGUUUUAAACUGAUUUUGUCAUUCAUAAGUUAUAAUAAAUUAUUUGAUAUAGUUCUCUCCUGCAUGAUCCGUUUGAUCUGCACUUGUCCCGCUUGAUCUGCACUUGUUCUGCUUGAUCUGCACUUAUCCUGCUCCUCCAUUUGAACACUAAAAACUUGUUUACUGGCUUUGCAAACACACCAUUAUCUUUCUACAAUAUAUUGUUUUCUUAUUGAUCAUCCAUUCUUUGACUUAGGCACGUGCCUUCCAUAAGACUGAUAAAGCAAGGUCAUUUUUUUUUAACAAGCAUUUUUUUAAGGCCACAUUUUAAAAUUAUUACUCCCUCCAUUUUUUAUAUAUGACGUUUUAGAAUUGUAUACAUAGAUUAAGAAACAUUUAAUUUCUAAACAAAAACAUCAUUAAUUGUUUACCUAACCACAAUUUAAUCAAUAAUAAAAUAGAAACUAUAAUAUCAUUGGUCAUCUAACAUUAAUUAGUAAUAAAUUUUACAUAGAAAAUUGAAAAUGUCAAAUAAUUUGGAACAAAAAAAUUCUUCUAAAACGUCAAAUAUAAAAAACGGAAGGAGUAAUAUAAUUGAGUGGUUAAAAAUAUUGUUUUGGCUUCUUAAUUAAAGUAUUUUAUGCAUACAUUCUUCAAGACUUCAAUAAUGUACCAUUUCCAAUGUUAUCAAUGAAAAUUAUAAUGACAGCAAAGAAAGAAAGUAUGCUUCUCAUAGUAAUGCUCGUCAACGAGCCAUCGUGCAUCACGCGUUUGGCAAGUCAAUGAACCAACCGUGACCUACACGAUGUAUGUCAGUAUGUUUCGUCUGGUAUUCAAAUAACAUUAACUUCACGCGUUAAUACGUUUCUCCAUAAGGAUUUGUGAGGCCCCUUCUUAAGUGAAAACCGGACUAGAGUUUAGGGUCAAUGUUAUUUAAAGAUUACAUCGAAACGCCACCAUUAAAAAACAUCCAAUUAGUUUUUUUCUUUGCAAUUAAUUACAAGAGUGUAAAAGGUGACCUCAUAUUUCUGACAUCACACAAGCAUGAUCCUGGUAUAUGUACGCAGUACGCAUCAACACGCAUUACACGUUAUUCUAUAGGUUAUCAUCUCUGUGACUUUAGCUGUCAUAUCUAUCUCUCGAAGUUAGUAAAGACCAUUUCGUGCCCAAUUAUGGCAGCUCCUUUAACAUCCAAACUCUUAGUGUCCGAUUUCGCAUCCUCGGUUAGGCAUAUUCCUUUAACGUACGUCCGACCCAUCUCUGACCGACCACAGUUGUCGCUGGUCGAGAAUUCCGGCGAUACUAUUCCUCUGAUCGAUCUCCGAGAUCUUUAUGGACCCAAUCGGACCAAGAUUAUCCGUCAAAUUUCUCAUGCAUGUUCUACUUAUGGCUUCUUCCAGAUCAAGAAUCAUGGAGUAUCGGAGACAACCGUCAAUAAAAUGCUAACCGUCGCUAGAGAGUUUUUCCAUCAACCGGAGGGUGAAAGGAUGAAACAUUACUCGACAGAUUCUACAAAGACUACGAGAGUCUCCACCAGUUUCAAUGUCAGCGCUGACAAAAUCUUGAACUGGAGAGACUACCUUCGACUCCAUUGCUUUCCUAUCCAAGAUUUCAUCAACGAGUGGCCCGAAAAUCCAGUCUCUUUCAAAGAGAUCACAGCCGAAUACGCCACAAGCGUUAGAGCCUUGGUCUUGAGACUUCUGGAGGCAAUAUCUGAGAGCUUAGGACUUGAAAGGGACCAUAUAAGCAACAGAUUAGGCACACACGCUCAACACAUGGCCUUUAACUACUAUCCUCCGUGUCCUGAGCCCGAGCUAACUUACGGACUUCCCGGCCAUAAAGACCCAACGGCUAUCACUGUCCUUCUUCAGGACCAAGUCUCUGGUUUGCAAGUCUUUAAGGAUGAUGAGUGGAUAGCUGUUUAUCCUAUCCCCAACACUUUCAUUGUUAAUAUUGGUGACCAAAUGCAGGUCAUAAGCAAUGAAAGAUACAAGAGUGUGCUUCACAGAGCUGUCGUGAACACCGAGAAGGAGCGGUUAUCGAUUCCAACAUUCUAUUUUCCAUCUACAGAUGCAGUGAUUUCUCCAGCACAGGAGCUGAUCGAUGGACAAACCUCCCCUGCUGUUUACAAAAGCUAUCCGUUUGUUGAGUAUUGGGACAAGUUUUGGGACAGAUCUCUCGCUACUGCGAGCUGUCUCGACGCUUUCAAAGCUUCAACAACCUAAAGAGAUCUAUCUACUGGUCCUUUUUAGUAAUUGUACUUCAAUUCAGAACUCCUCUGUAAGCAAUUUAUGUAAUAAGGAUGGUUCAAGAUCAGUUUUGUUUCUAAUGAAUCAAAUCUGCUUGAAUAAAGAAACAAACUUCCACCACUACACGGUUUCCAGAUAGUAACUUCAACCGGUUAUUUAAUAAAAAGUUGUUUAUAUUUAUAUUUUUAA